AUGUUUCAUUCACAUGUGUAUAUAAAAAAGUUCCUGCUUCCACAACAUGGAAAAAAAGUCGCGAUCGUGGAACGAAUUUUGGAAUACAUCACCGACGUGGAGAGGGAGGAACAAAUUUAUGAGUUCAUCUUAGCAAUCAAGCCAUCCAUAUUUGAGCUAAUUAACGGGAAGAGAAUAAACAACGCCUUCAACAACAGUAAUAUUAAUAACGCGAAGAACAACGCGCACGGCAAUGCGCAUAGCAAUAAUAGCGGUAGUAACAAUAGCGGUAGUAAUAAUAGUGGUAGCAAUAAAUACCUGAGCAGUAGUAACAAUUUUUUCCUCGGGAGUAACAACGGGAGUAGCAGUUUUUUUUGUAACAAUAGUGACAACCUCAAUUUUGCGAACAAUGAAAUUCUCGCAGCAAAGAAGAGCGGCACCUCCCCUGUAGUGCGCAAGGGAAAGGCGGUAAAAAUAUACCAAGAGGACAGCGAUUUUUCCUCGUGUGUGUGCGGAGGCAUGUCCAAAAACAUAAGCAGCAAGAACGGGAUAGUAAAAUGCAUAGAAUGCAACAAGCUACAGCACGUAAGUUGCUAUGUACAAACCCCAGGCAUCAAUAAAGACCUGGAGAGUUACAAAAUCUUGUGUGUAGUAUGUCGAUUGAAAGAUAUGGACCCCUUCUACCCAAUGAAAAAAGUUCUGUGGCUUAAAAGCCUCACAGUUAACUCAGAAAAGCUAGUAAUUAAUGCGUCAGAUAUAAAGAGUUGGAAAAAUGAAAAUAAAGAAGUGAUAAUUUUUUGCAUCCAUUUGGAUAAAAAAAACCUAAGUACAAAUAAUUGUAUAAAACAAGAAUGGCCCAAAACAUUCGUUCUAAAAGUGAAUGGAAAUAUUAUCGAAAAGGUAUUUGAACCUUCAUGGGAACACAAAAGGAGAGAUAGCCCUUUAAAAAUUACGCACACGUUAAAGACAGGACAUAACAACAUUGACAUCAGUAUGACGAAUUACGAAACACCGAAAUUAUUUGUUGUAGCUUUUUUAUUAUGCAAAGUAGAAACGGAGCAAAAUAUUAUCCAACAUGUUAUAUCCAAAAGUGAAUUAAACUUUAAAGAAUCCAAAGAAAGAAUAAUUACCAUUUUGACUACUAAGCAUGACGAUGAUGAAGUUAUGUGUAUGGAGAUUAACAGAAGAAUUAGUCUCAACUGUCCUUUCGCCUUAGACAGAAUUGAGAUACCUUGUAGAGGCAUCAAAUGUUGCCACAUACAAUGCUUUGAUUUGAAAUCCUUCAUUGAUGUCACAAAAAAAACCAAAGCUUUUAACAAUAGGUGGAAAUGUCCCAUUUGUUCUUUGUUCCUGCGGCCGAAGGAUUUAAUUGUAGAUAUGUUCAUUACGUACAUAUUGACGCAGGUGCCAAAAGAUAUUAAAGAAGUUGAGUUGAGUAAAAGUGGAGAAAUAAUUUUUAAUCAAAACACUGUCGAGGGGAAGGUCGUCAAACAGAUUGACGACAUGGACACGGCUACUCUGCAGAAGAGCAGGGUGGAGAUUAAGACGGAGACCAGCAUGGAUAACAUUAAAGAAUAUCAACCGGUUAAGGACAACAACACAUUCAGCAAAAAUGAAGUCAUCAUAGUCGAUUCAGAUCCCGAAGAUAACGACGCGAGCACUACUCCGCAAAAUGUUAACCUGCAAAAGAAUAGCAAUUUUGUACAAGGUAUUACCCCUUAA